AUGGAUUGGUUGUGUCAAGUGCAGUCGCCGUGCAUCCGGCAUGUGAGCAAUUGUGCAACCUGGGAUCCGUCCUAUGAAAGACCAAUCACCGAGCGUUUGGAUUUGCGCGCUUGGGUGGAUGAUGCUUCAUGGCUGAACUGCAAAGAGAAUUUGGGGGUUUACAACAGGCCCGAGAGAAUUGCUGCGCACGAGCUUGCUGCCGCAGCGUGCUUGAAGUUGGCGCGGAAUCUCUCAGUGGAGAACGCGGAGAUCCAGGCGCGCUGGUGGCGCCGUGGCUUGCCGGAGCGUUUGGCGGUGCAGGCGCGCUGCGACCUGGCGGCGCCUGGUGGAGAGAGGUCAGCCGCCUGGUGCGAAGCUGUGCCCAGUUUCAUGGCAAACGUUGUGGCCAACAACCCCGAGUUGCGGAAGGAGGCGUUGGAGGCCCUAUGGCCACACGGCCUGGCUGCAGUCCUGGCCAUUU